UCCCUCAGAGAGCUAUUUCAGGUACAAGAGCUUAGGGGAGCUUGAGCUCUUUAAGGGAAACUCCUCCCUUAUUCCCAUCCACCACCACAGCAUCAUGUCUUGCUGCAGCUACUGGCAUAUCCUGUCCAACCCCAUCCCCCAAUAUGACUGCAUUACAAACAAGGCUAGAAAGACAACAACAAAAUUUAAGGACUGCACUGAAGAUGCGCAGGGAAAAAAAAUACCCAUCACCAAACAAACAAAGGACACACACUUAUUUUCAGGUCUGCCUUGCUACAGGGCCCAGACAAAAUAAUGGCAUUUUCUACGAAAUUCGCACCUAUGAUAUUAAGCCAGCGAAGAUGAAGGAGUUUUUGGAAAUGGUCAACAAGUACUUUCACUUUCGCACAGCUCACUCGGAGCUGGUGGGAUUUUGGUAUUCGGAGCUGGGAGCAAUGAACAAGGUGUUUCACAUUUGGAAGUACGAUAAUUUUGCCCACAGAGCAGCAGUCCGGCAUGCACUAGCAAACGACAGAGACUGGCAGGGAAAAUUCAUCUCUACAGCUCUCCCCUUGGUAGAGAAGCAGCACAAUGAGGUUGCUUAUCUGGUGCCCUGGUGUCAACUUGGAAAGCCUCCAAAGGAAGGGGGUGUGUAUGAAUGGGUUACUUUCCAGAUGAAGCCUGGUGGGCCAGCAUUGUGGGGUGAAGCAUUUCGAGCUGCAAUCAAUGCUCACAUCAACACAGGAUAUACCAGGCUGAUUGGUGUUUUCCAUACAGAAUAUGGAUUACUUAACACAGUCCAUGUGUUAUGGUGGAAUGAGAGCCCAGAUCACCGGGCAGCAGGAAGACACAGUGCCCAUGAAGAUGCCAGAGUGGUAGCAGCUGUGCGUGACAGUGUGAGAUUCUUGGAGUCCCAGCAAAAUGUGCUUCUCAUUCCUCUGCAAUGCUCACCCCUGAAGUGA